UGGAUCACCGUUUGAAAGCAAGCAAAUCUGCAGAUCGAGUGCAGUGCAAAAAUGGGGAAGCAGCAGAUGAGUUUGUUGGUGCUGGUUUUGGUUGCUUAUUGUGCAGUAGAAGGUCUGGGAAGAAGAGAGUUUGAAGGAGAAGAGAGAAGUGGGGGGCAAAAGAAGAUGUUCAUUUUGAAUGAAGCGAAAGAGGUGGUGAGAACCGAAUCUGGAGUGAUCAAAGUAGUGAGAGGCAGCACUAGUACAAGUGGAAGAUUGAUGCAUAUUGGGUUCAUUACUAUGGAGCCUCAAAGCUUGCUCAUUCCUCAGUACCUUGAUUCCCAUCUCGUCCUCUUCAUUAACCAAGGGGAAGCAAGGAUUGGACACGUGUACAAGGAUAAAUUGGCGGAAAGGAAAGUGAAAUCCGGAGAUAUGUACACAAUUGAAGCUGGGUCUGCUUUCUAUGUGGAGAACACAGCAGAAGGGCAGAGACUCCAUAUCAUUUGCAGCAUUAAUAUUGUUGACACCUCUGACAUGAGAGGGGCAGAUACAUAUACUUUCCAGUCUUUCUUCAUUGGUGGCGGCAUGCAUCCUACAUCUGUUCUUGCCGGGUUUGAUCCUUACACGCUAUCAACCGCAUUGAAUGUUUCAAUGGUAGAGAUUUCGAAACUUGUGGGCACCAAAGUGUCGGGUCCAAUUGUGUCUUUAACAAACUCCAAUUACACAGCCCCGAUUCUAGCUCACCUUAAGAGAAUUGUGCAUUAUUCUGAUGUAGAACAGCAGCAGCAGCAUUAUUGGGCUCCAUGGCUGUUCAUGAGGAAGCUGUUGACCAAUCAUUAUUAUUAUCCCUUCUUCAGCAAUAAUAAUAAUAAUAAUAAUAAUAAUGGAGAUGAUGAUGAUGCUCCAGAUUCUUACAAUAUCUUCGACAACGACAAAAAGCCCGAUUUCAGUAACGAGUAUGGGUGGAGCUUGGCCGUUGACGAAAACGAUUAUGCUCCUCUCAAAAUCCCUGACGUUACUGUUUAUCUGGUCAAUCUCACAGCGGGAUCGAUGAUGGCGCCGCAUGUAAAUCCGAGGGCAAUAGAGUACGGUAUAGUGGUGGAAGGAAUGGGAGAAGUUGAGGUGGUGUACCCCAACGGCACGCUGGCCAUGAAUGCGCAGGUAAGGCAGGGAGACGUGUUUUGGGUGCCGCGCUUCUUCCCGUUCUGCCAGAUAGCGUCGAGGAACGGGCCAUUUGUGUUCUUCGGGUUCACGACGUCAGCCAAGGACAACCAGCCGCAGUUCUUGGUGGGCGAGGGCUCAGUGAUGCAGUUGUUGAGAGGGCCGGAGUUGGCAGCCGCUCUUGGAUUGAGCGAGGAGAGGGUUGAGGAGAUUGUUAAGGCUCAACGUGCGAGUACCAUCUUGCCGGCCGCCUAUGCCGCACCACCGGAGUCGUCUAUGUAGUAACUAAGCUUAUAUGUUGUUUCUAUCCCAUUUCCAACCUAACUUGUUUUUUUUUUUCUAUCUUCAUUCUGUAUUUUCUUGGUGCAUGGAUCAUGGAUGGGAGACUGUACUGUUUUCAAGUGGUAAAUUAAAUGGUGUAGUGUUUUUUUAUUCAA